AUGUUUUCAUGGUGUAGCGUGCAGCGACGACGGACCCCGAUCGAUAAUGUUUACGUGAGGUCCGGCACCCACCGCUCGCCACCCGCGGCCGCCGCACUGCACGCCACCGUGCACCGCGCGGGCGGGCGUGCGGGCUCGGGCUGCAGGGCGCUGCGUCUCGCACUUCUGCGUCGGAUAUUCGUCUUCGCCGAACUCGCUGUUAUACGAACAGUUAGCCGCCGCGGUCGGUCGCCGCGUGCUCUGCGGCGAGCUGUGGGUCGAGCGGCGGGGGCAGGCGUGCGGGCCGGCGGGCUGCUGCCCUGGCAUCGUCUCGGCGACGCCGCGCGGGCUGUCUCUGCUCUGGUCCUCGGCACCGGCGUGCAGCGCGCGCCUCACUGCCGCCGCCGCGUCUCACCCUCGCCCUCUGCACCCUCGCCUGCGCAUGCGUGCACGCUAAGUCUGCUUGCACACUUCGACCCUACAAUACAUUCCGCUUGUGAGAAGCCUAAGGUACCAACUAUU